AUGGCUGAACCGAUACCUGCUGAGGAACAGUCUAACUUCGAAACCUUUCGCGACUGUUUGAGCGAGCCCGUCCUCAAAGCUCUGGCUGCACCGAUCGAGAAACCGAAACCGAAGAAGAAAAGACAUGCGAAGAAGGGGUCGAAGAGUGGGAAGGAUGAAGUCGUGAAGCACGAGCCCGUACCAACGGUGGUAGAAGACCAAGAAACGGAUGCGGAAGACCUAGGAGAAUUCAUAGAAAACCAGUACCUAAGCACCCUAAUCUUCCCCUUCCUCCCAGCCGAACUGCGCACGCUCACGCACUCCAUCUUCAAAGACUCACCGACCCUCCAAGACCUCUACACAACGCCCCUCUCGUCCUCAACCUCCACCGCCCUCCUGCACACCAUCCCACCCACCGCAAUCGACAGCCUAGAAAGCUACGGCCUCCUCCCACCCACCUCCGACACCAUCGACCAACACAACCUCCUCACACCGCUCCUAACAACGUACAUCACCGCCGUCACCGCCCCGCCCCCAAUAUGGAGCAGCACGCGCGCCACCGCCUGCGAGCUCUGCAGCAGAGACUGGGUACCGUUGACAUACCACCAUCUCAUUCCCAAAGCAGCGCAUGCGCGCGUGCGGAAGCGGGGGUGGCAUACAGAGGAUAAGUUGAAUAGCGUGGCGUGGUUGUGUAGGGCUUGUCAUAGUUUUGUGCAUCGACUUGCGGGGAAUGAGGAACUGGCUAAGAAUUUCUAUACGGUCGAGUUGAUACAGGAGGGUGGGGUGAAGGAGGAUGUCGAGAAGAGGGAGAGUGUUGAGGGGUGGGUUAAGUGGGUUGGGGGUGUUAGGUGGAGGAGUCGGUAG